AGUGAAUCUAUAUACAUAGAAAUACUAGAAGAAUAAAUAAAGAAAUAAUGGGAUUCCGGAUUUUACACCUCGUAAGGCCCUUUAUGGCCGUACUUCCCGAGAUUGCCGCACCAGAUCGCAAGGUUCCUUUUAACCAAAAGGUGAUGUGGACUGGCGUGACAUUGUUUGUAUUCUUGGUCAUGUCGCAGGUACCCCUGUAUGGCAUCAUGUCAUCUGAUUCAUCUGAUCCUCUUUUCUGGAUGAGAGUCAUCCUUGCAUCCAACCGUGGUACUCUGAUGGAACUCGGAAUCACCCCCAUCGUCACAUCUGGUAUGAUCAUGCAGCUCCUUUCAGGUGCUAACAUCAUCGAGGUUGACUACAGCUUGAAGGAAGACAGAGCUCUGUUCAGUGGAGCCCAGAAAUUGUUUGCCAUGUUGAUUGCUUUCGGACAGGCAUCCGUCUCGGUCUUGACUGGUCUCUAUGGUAGCCCUAAGGAGAUUGGUGCUGGUGUCUGUGUUUUGCUCGUCAUUCAAUUGGUUGUAGCCUCUUUGAUCACUAUGCUUUUGGAUGAGUUGCUUCAAAAGGGUUACGGUCUUGGUUCAGGUAUCAACCUGUUCAUUGCCACCAAUGUGUGUGAGACUAUCGUCUGGAAGGCCCUUUCUCCCACAACCAUCAACACCGGUCGUGGUGACGAGUUUGAGGGUGCCAUUGUCUCGCUUGUAUACCUCCUCGCAAGCCGCAAGGACAAGAGCCGUGCUUUGAAGGAAGCUUUCUACCGCACAAACCUUCCCAAUGUCAUGAGCUUGCUCUCGACCGCUCUUAUCUUUGGUCUUGUUAUCUAUCUCCAGGGUUUCCGUGUCGAAUUGCCUGUCAAGUCUAACCGUGCCCGUGGCCAGCGUGGAUCUUACCCCAUCAAGCUCUUCUACACUUCCAACAUGCCCAUCAUGCUCCAGUCCACCAUGGCCUCCAAUGUGUUCAUGAUCUCCCAGAUGCUCUACAAGCGUUUCGAGACCAACAUUCUUGUCCGUAUUCUCGGUGUCUGGGAACCCUUUGAGGGAUCUUCGCAGCUCUACGCCACCGGAGGUAUCUCUUACUACCUCUCGGCCCCUCGCAGCAUCACCGAUGCCAUCGUGAACCCCAUCCACACCGUUAUCUACAUUGGUAUCAUGCUCACCGCAUGUGCCUUGUUGUCCAAGACAUGGAUUGAGGUCUCUGGAUCUUCUCCCCGUGAUGUUGCUCGUCAGCUCAAGGACCAGCAACUUGUUAUUGCUGGUUACCGUGAUACUUCGAUGUACAAGGAACUCAAGCGUGUUAUUCCCGUCGCCGCCUCUUUCGGUGGUGCCUGUCUCGGAGCUGUAUCUGUCUUGGCUGAUAUGUUGGGCGCUGUUGGCUCCGGUACUGGUAUUCUCUUGUGUGUCACAAUCAUCUUCCAGUACUUUGAAAUGUUUGUCAAGGAGCAGAUGGAGGCUGGUGGCGCUGGUGCUGAGAACAUGAUGAUGGGUUAAAAAAAAAAGAGCCUAACAACUCUUAUCAUUUUCUCUCUCUAUCUCUCUUUAUUAAAAAAUAUACACACACACUUAUAUAUAUAUAAUAAUAUUAUUAAUAAUAACAAUAAUAAUAACAGUAAUUCAUUUAUUCGAUUAAGCAAAAAGGUGAAGGAGUAGGGGUGAGGGGGGGUUCCCUUUACUCCUCUCAGCUGGCCUGAAAAAAGAAGAAGAAGAGGUUGUUUGCUUUUAUAUUGUAUUGUAUUGUAUUGUAUUGUAUUGUAUUGUAUUGUAUUGUAUUGUUUCUACCUCUCUUGUUUAUUAUUAUCAUUUCUGUAAUAUUUCUUUAGUGUAUUUAUACAUAUACAUAUAUCACAAUCAUAAAUUACAAAAUCAC